GCAAGCAAUUCUCUGCCGUCUAUGAAAACUAUUAGCAACCAGUGAACCACGAACUGUGAGCGGCAGUGCCAACACAUACGCUGCAAUUCCAGACGGGUAUUACUGGACUGCUGUUUAGAAAGCAAUGGCUAAGGUUUAAGGCUGUUUUUUUGCGAAAUGUUCAGCUCCAUCUGGACGGGAACAUGCAGCCCUUCAUUACUCGCGCCUGUCUGGCACAAAUCAGCCUGGCGUGUCUGCUGACACUGGCAGACUGCCUUAUCGAAGUGUAUAAAGAGGAAAACGGCACUCUGUCACGGGAUGCAGUUUACACGAUUUCUAAUGAUUUUAAGUCAAUUAAAAGCCGUCAAACCGGCGUUGCGGAUGCUCCGAUCUACUUGAAAGCUGCAACUCCGGCGGACGCGUGCCACGGCACACUCGUGGAGCCUACACCGUGGCUGUGGAAGGAGAACCAGUGGGCGGGAUUUGUUCUCUUAACGGAUGACACGCCGUGCUCCACGCCAAGCGUAGAUGACGACGACCUUGCCGAGCAGGCUGGGGAUCAUCUCAGCGGGAAGCUCGUCAUCGCUCAAGAAAAGGGCUACGUCGGCGUCGUCAUCUAUCCCGCUCGAUCAGGCACCGGUCCUCCGGGAAUCCGACGGACCGGUAGUCGGACGCAGCCGCUCCCGGCGGCCUUCUCCGACGGCGUGACCGAUCAAUUAAAAAUCGAUGUCCACUUUGUCAGCUAUGACGACGGAAAUCAGCUGAAAAAAUUCGCCUAUAACUCCUCAUCCGAUAUCAGUUAUCGGUUGAAUUUUACGUUUGUUCCCGACGCACAGUCAACCGCAAACGAAGGCGGAUCUCUACCAAGUGAUUCCAAUUGGACGACAUUUAGGCCGCCGUCCAUAACCCAUCCAGCGGAAGAACCCCACACUGCGACAAUGGACAGUCGUCUGCAGUGGAUCUUGCAGGAUUAUUUGAGUUACAAGCCGAUAGAUCUUCCUGUUGUGCGUCCUGUGGCCCCUGCUCUGUGGAUGCAUUCCUCAUCCCGGACCCAGGAGUCUUCGCAAUUGUCGCUGGGGGCGUGUUUGGGCGCGGCCUUUGGUUCCGGUGCUGUGUUUGUCCUGUUAAUCACCAGUCUCGCGUAUUGCUGGCGCAGACGCAAGAUUCGCGCUAUCGCUCUUGGAACAGCACCCCCGAUGAGUAUUAAGAACUUGAUGGAAGCGGAAAUCGCGGAAAUCUAUGCGAUACGGGCAAUGGUGGUGCUGCGCUUAAUCGAGUCGCUCAUUGCCCAGAGCCAAGCAAACGAGCAAGAAGAGCACCGGCGCGCUAACGGCGUACCGUUGACCGCGCGAGAAAUGGAGCAGCUCGUGCGUGUGGAGAUCACGCAGCCGACGGAGGACCUAUGCACAACGUGCCAACAGAAUUUCACCAUCGGCGAGAUAAAGACCGUUCUGCCCUGCAAUCACGUGGGCCACAAAGCGUGCUUGACGACCUGGCUGACGACGUAUUCGCGCAACUGUCCAGUGUGCCGGCAACCUGUGUGCCAACCACCCGAGUUCGUUGUACAGCAUCAUACUCCGGUCGAGCUUUCCAUUCUUAACCUACAAGAUUCGCACUAACUGGUCUGGGAUAUUUUGGUAGAACGAGCUGUUGUCCGUUCAAAUAGUUUUUUUUUGCUGGUAAUAAACAGUUGACGUUGUUGAUCUUGCGAAAUCUCGUUAAGGCCUUUUUGCCGUGUUUAUUAGUUGCAGAUUGCGUAACUUUUUUAUUGUAAAUAUAAUUAUCGUUCAUAUAUCUAAAAACACGAAUUUUGUGCUUUUCACGAUUCCUUAUGCGCGAUUCCUUAUGCCUCUUUUUAUCAUCCCGGCAGUAAACGUGAAACUGUUAAAAUAAGGCUACA